GAUAACUGCCUGAUAACAAUUCAGCCAAAUCCCGCAGCUUGAGAAUAAACAAUUUAUCAGCGAGGUGCCUUGGUAAGACCCAGUGUUUACAUCUCAAUAAGAGAGAUAAGGCAAAGAUUAGAUGUGCCAGUGGAUGGAUGGUGGUAAGGAAGCCAUAUGUUUCAAUACAGACAUUUCUGCAUUUUGCCAACCCAUCUGUCCAUCGUGCAGCACCCACUUCUGGUGGGUAUAUUUUCGUCUUUACCAGAAAUCUUCACACUACAGUUCAAGUUCACCUUGUUCCGUUGAAGAUGGCUCGAAUGUAGAGCAAUGUUUAAACUGGAAUUGCAUGGUUUAUAAAAAUGCGUUGUUUGGAAAUUCGUGUCUUUGUUUUGACAUGAGCAUUUGUUUGUUACUUUGGCACAUUUCAUACGUGGUCUGUUCCCUUGUAUAGCUGUUUCUGCAAUGUUUCUGUGCACAAUGUGGUUUCUGCGCGUUCUUUGUGCACGGUGUAACACGGUUACUGAGCACUGUCUGUGUCUUUUUGUGCACUAUGUGGCAUAUGGUUUCUCUGCAC